CCCAGCCAUCAUUUCCCGCCGAACACUCGCUGUAUAUGCGCGUGAGGAUAUUAUCGGCUCGCGCGGGUCUAAUUGGUGCGAUUCGUAUCUCGCUCACGUCUAAAACGUCGAGGACAUAAUGAAAAUAUUGCAAAAAGAACUGUUUGUCGUUAUCCCUGCAAACAAGAAGGGAGGCUCUUGUUUUUUUAUAUAGGGCGGUUGAAAAAAGCCGUCAGGAAGAACGGACCCGUGGCUAUUUAAAGUUGAGUGAGGACGGUUACUGGCUCUGAGGCGAUUGUUAUGAGACUCCCAAAAGAAAACACGAUGAAGAAGGAGAAAUUGUGGAAUUUAUGAGUUUACACUGUUUGGGACACACGCAGAGGUUGAAUUUAUGCUCAUUUUGGCGCCACUGAAAACAUUUCCUUUGAAGUUUACCUCAGAAAUUUCCGCUUCGGUAACAUCUCGCACUAUAUGUGGCACGCGACUUAAGAAAAGAUUGACGUGCCGCGAGACACCUUUCAAUCGCUGUGUUUAGUCAGCCCGUUUAGUUCGGGUGGAGGUGGUGGGGAUUCCGUUUUUCCCCCGAACUCAUCACAUUAAGAUUAACAAGCCGUCUUUAAGAGGAUCCUCUAUGGUCAUUCAUGAACUUGUUGAACACCCAGCCCUCUGCGGGACCCUUCACAUCGAGAGUGAAGCUCAUUAACAGUGCAGAUGCCAAGCUGCAAUAGAGGAUGAUUGACAGAAGGCAAACCUGAAACGGGUGUCAGUCAACAUCCAGCCAGAGAGUCGAUUCAUCAGAGUGUCAGAAGCAUUGCUCUCUCUCCAGCCCGACCGAUCACUUCAUCUCUGCCUCCACUUCUCUUAUCUCUGCUGGCACCCCGACCCUGCCCCUUCCCAGCGGACACAAUAAAGACCAGAGGUGGAGAUAGAAGAAUCGGGCUUGACGACCUUUCAGUGACCAAAGCGAAGCUGGUAUGCUGCUGCCCCUCUUCUGUCCCAUGUUCAGCAAAAGUUGGAUUAUUUUGUAAACCAGACCCAGAUCUUCCUCUCCAUUCCCUCUUUCUCUAUCUCUCCUUCUCUCGUGCAUCUUUGAGAGGACGGGAGCAGACGGAUACUUUACAUCACAGUGAAUAGUCUAUUAGAGGGGCGGCCCAAAUAAAGGAAGCAGCCAUGCAUUUCCCGCUGCUCUUGACACUGCAGGCAUCAUGGCUGACUGUUUGUCAGGCCACGCAGCACUAUCCCACAACCUGGGGACACUACGACUUGUGCAAGUCACAUGGCUACACGGACGAAGGCCCGACCUGGUAUUACAUGGCCUGUCAGCCUGAAGCCGCGGACAUGACCAAGUACCUAAAAGUGUUUCUUGACCCACCCAACAUCACCUGUGGAGACCCACCAGAGACCUACUGCACCCUGGAAAACCCCUAUAUGUGCAACAAUGAGUGUGACGCAGCCACAGAAGAGCUGGCCCACCCCCCUGAGCUCAUGUUUGACUUUGAGGGCCGCAACCCCACCACUUUCUGGCAGUCCACCUCCUGGAAGAAGUACCCUAAACCUCUGGCAGUCAACAUAACCCUGUCAUGGAACAAGACCAUUGAGCUGACCGACGACAUUGUCAUCACUUUUGAGUCGGGUCGGCCGGAGCAGAUGGUUCUGGAGAAGUCUCUGGACUAUGGACGUAGCUGGCAGCCCUACCAGUUCUACGCUACCGACUGCCUUGACGCUUUCACUAUGGAGCCCAAAACGGUGAAGGACAUUACCCAGCACACAUUGCUGGACAUUAUCUGCACUGAGGAAUAUUCCAGAGGUUAUGUGUGGAAGAACGACAAGACUGUACGCUUCGAAAUCAAAGACCGUUUUGCACUGUUUGCCGGCCCCAAGCUGCACAAUAUGGCCUCGCUGUAUGGACAACUGGACACAACCAAGAACCUGAGAGACUUUUUCACCAUUACUGACCUGCGCAUACGUCUGCUCAGGCCUGCCACGGGCGCCACCAUGGUGGAUGAGAACAACCUUUCCAGAUACUUCUACGCCAUCUCUGACAUUAAAGUACAUGGCAGGUGCAAGUGCAACCUUCACGCCAACAGCUGCAUCUAUGACAAAGAGAGACUGACUUGCGAGUGUGAGCACAACACCACGGGGCCUGACUGUGGCCGCUGUAAGAGGAAUUAUCAGGCCAGAGCUUGGAGCGCAGGAUCCUAUCUCCCAAUCCCCAAGGGCACAGCAAAUAUCUGUCUGCCAAAUAGUGUUGGUCCAGUUAUUCGGCAGAACAUUUCAUCCCUAGGUGUCGCUAACCGAAAUCAAGUAGCUCCUCAAGUUGCUUUGUCAACCGUUCCUUCUGUACAAGUUGCAAACAGUAAAAGAGCCCGAGUGUGUGACAACGAACUUCUGCGUUGCCAAAACGGCGGCGUGUGUGUGAACAACAUCCGUUGUCAGUGUCCUCCGGCAUUCACCGGCCUGCUGUGUGAGAAACCGCGGUGCGAGAACGAGCCGGGUGGCUGCGGAGGGUCGGACUCGGGCCAGGCUUCCCUCCGCCCCCCUGGGCUGAUCCUGCUUUCGCUGCUGUCCGUCCUGGGUCCCGUUUUCUUCGUGGAGAUCUGCUGGAUCCUUUGAGAGGCAGAUCUCCGACUGUCCAGCUUCUUCUGUAUAAGCAGCACACCAGACCCACCGACACUCGGCCGGCCAUGUGGAAUGUGCCCAAAUAUCAAAGCUAAAUUUCUGAGGAUGACAGACAAAAUACAAUAACUAAUACAUCAAUAAAAAUAGUAUUUAUAAAAAUCGAUUCAAUAUAAAAAUCUAAAAGUAAAAAAAACAAAAAAACAUCAAGGUGUUAUUUAUAGAAUUUACCUGAGCAUAUGCUUCAUGAAGCAAAUAACAGGAAGUAGAGAUGUGAACUAAGCCAUAAUAGAUACUCCCCUAUCAGAACGAGAGAGCGACAGGGAUUGAAGCGGACAAGACUCAUCCCUUUCCUCCCUUUAUCACCAAGGCAACGGGAGCUGCGUUCAGCCAGCGGCAUGUACAAGUAAAGCCAGCUGCCGCCCCUCACCUGAGCCAUUCUGGGUAUCAUGUUGGCUGUAGACUGCUUUUGGCUAUUGUGACACGGAGCGAUGGAAAACUGUCCGGAUUGUGUGAGCUGGCAAUUACGAAAAAAAAAAAACAAUAUGGAGAAAGACUCAAGAAAAGAAAAGAAACAAGCAUUCUUUGCUAUCAGUGCAUUGUGGAUAUAAGAAAAUCUAUUCAGACUGUCACAUUUGAUCCGCUUUCAAAUUGAGCUCGUCCCGCCAACACGUCCCACCGCACCUUCAAAAACAAACUUUAGAGUGUCCUUUACGUCAAAAGCCCCAUCCUUCCUCCACCCUGUGCUUUUGUGAAUGUUAUUCUGUAACCCUUGAUAUUUUUUUUAGUACAGUAUAUAUAAUUUUUUGGUUUUCCUUUCAGUCUGUGUGAUUUUAGUCACACUCAUGUGGCACACCCCCUUAUCCUCCAAAAAAUAUGAUUGAAAACCCCAUGACUUUGAAAUGUGACGGACUGUUUGCUGAGGCCACUGUCAAAGAUGUGUUUUCACCCAAACAGAUGAAGUGCUUAGACAGUCAUCGGUGUAUUUAAUUUUUGUAUUAAUACAGAAGUUAUUUUCUUGACAGAGUAAAGAUAAUGUAGAACAUAUACUUUUUUGUAUUAUUGCUGAAAUGUGUUUAAGGGCAACAUUUUAGUGCGUUCAAUCAAGGUGCAUACUGAAUUAAAUAUCUGAUUAUGCUGGUCUGAAAUUUAUUUUAUUUCAUUUACACUUUUGUUUUCUCCUUCAGUUGGAUUGUGAAGUUUUCCUAAAGUAUAUUGGCAACAUGCUGGCAUCAAAGAAUAUCAGUUUACAUACAGUAUAUAUACUGACGUGUAAAAAAGAAAAUCACACCAAAGGACAUUCUAAAUGUUUUCUUGUUGCUUUAACACUGAGAAAUUUAAGUGAAUAAAACUUUAAAAGGACUUUAUGUAGCUGUGUUGU